CUCGCCUGCUUGGCUCCUGUUUCAGAGAAGUCCUGCGUUACGCCCUUGGCGGUGUAGUUGCUAGGAAACCGCGACGCCGCGGUCCCUGCCUCUGGGUCUCGCUUGACUAUGGCCAAAUUCGUGAUCGCCGGUAGAGCAAAUUGUCCAUAUUAUGCUAAAGCAGAACUUCUGGCAGACUAUUUACAAAAGAAUCUUCCUGAUUUUCGGAUACAUAAAAUUACACAACGUCCCGAGGUUUGGGAGGAGUGGCUGAAUGAUGUCUGUGAAAAAAAUAAGUGGAGUCAGAAAAAUUCCCCCAUCAUCUGGAGAGAGCUGUUGGAUCGUGGAGGGAAGUGUUUGCUUUUGGGAGGAUAUAAUGAGUUCCUGGAGCAUGCUCAGCUUUACUAUAAUGUCACCUCCAGCAUGACGACUCAGCAGAUGAUGGUCAUUGCUCAAGAGAACCUGGGGGCACAUAUAGAAAACGAGCUGCAGGAAGAAGCCCUGAAAGGUUUCAUCCACCCCUUGCAGGUCUGGAUCACCAGUGCAGCUACUCCUGCCUGCUACAACCUAAUUCCCAUAUUGACAAGCGGUGAAGUGUUUGGGAUGCAUACAGAAAUCAGCAUCACUCUGUUUGACAGCAAGCAGGUGGAAGAACACCUCAAAAACCUUGUGAUGGAAACCCAGGACCUGGCGUCGCCCGUCCUCCGCAGCGUCUCCAUCUGCACGAACGUGGAAGAGGCCUUCCGUCAGGCCCACGUUGUCGUCAUUCUCGAUGACACCACCGAGCAGGAGGUGCACACGCUGGAAGACUGCCUUCGUCGCAGGGUGCCUCUGUGCAGGCUCUAUGGAGGCCUGAUCGAGAAAAAUGCUCAUGCCUCUGUCAGAGUGAUUGUGGGAGGAAAAACCUUUGUGAAUCUGAAAACCAUUCUGCUUAUGACAUAUGCCCCAAACGUCGCACACAAUAUUAUCGCUGUGGCGCUGGGGGUGGAAGGUGAAGCAAAAGCUGCACUGGCCAGAAAAUUGAAGACAUCCCCCUCAUGCAUCAAAGAUGUGAUAAUUUGGGGAAAUAUCACUGGAAAUAACUACAUUGAUCUGAGAAAAGCAAGGAUUUACAGAUAUGAUAGUGCCAUUUGGGGACCUCUUCACUAUUCACGCCCUGUCUUAAACUUGAUUUUUGAUAGUGAGUGGUUAAAAAGAGAAUUUGUGGAAACUCUUAAAAAGUUGACCGGCACUGGAAGACAAUUUGGAGGCAUUCUGGCUGCACACAGUAUAGCCACUACAUUGAAAUACUGGUACCAUGGCUCACCACCUGGGGAGAUUGUGUCUUUAGGAGUACUCAGUGAAGGCCAGUUUGGUAUUCCUGAAGGGAUUGUCUUUUCUAUGCCUGUGAAAUUUGAGAAUGGAACUUGGGUGGUUCGUACAGACCUCGAAGAUAUUGAAAUAAGUGAAAAAAUAAUGACCAGAAUGACAAGUGAUUUAAUUCAGGAGAAACUUGUUGCACUUGGAGACAUGAUAAAUUUUCAUCCAUACCAAUCAGAAACCGAAGUAGCCAAAAGAGAUGAAAGGAUCUCCUUACCCACUGCAGAAUACACCCAGGAAGAACAAAGGAUCCCAGAUGAACGUAAAGACAGCAUGUAUUCUGAUCUAAUCCCAGAAGAAGAAAAAGAUCUAAUUAUGUCUGAUGUGGAUUCUUUAGAUCUGAUUCCUCAAGCCGUCUCUGAAAAGCUGCAGAGUCUAGAUGCCACAAAUGACCCUGAAGGCAAAACUAUGGAACCCUAACAGAUCAAAUUAGACCAGAUAUAAAAUUAUUUGGUAGGGUAACAAAUACAGAAAGACCCAGGAAUGUCUGCAUUUAGGGAAGAAUGAUUUAAUGAUUUACUUCAGUCUUAGAUAACAGUGUCCUAAGCAAUUAAAUAACAGUGACAGCGCACAAAAGUCAGAGUUCAAUCGUUUUGUCUAUUAUUACAUUUUCUCGGAAAUAGUUUGGUGUCAAUUGCUAUUUGUUAAACUACAUUAAAAUAGAAGUGUCAGUCAUAGUAUCUUUUCCCCUACAUCCUUCUGAGAGAACCUGCUUCUUUCCAUCGGCCGUACCUGGGACACAGGGCUAUGUGGCCAUGGUUGUUUAGAUGUCCUUACCUCCUUGGCCUCAACCAGUCGGCUGAAAUCGAUACACCUUGUUCAAGGAGAAGCAAUCAUAUUUUCUCUCUCUCAAAAACUUGAACUGAGACAAGUGGAUGAGUAAGUUGGUGUCAGAGUCAGGUUAGUGGUGAACUAAAGACCGUGAAGUUCUGCGUGGGAGGUUUGCAGAGGUUCUGCCUGCGAGGUCAGAUUCGCCAGCGUUUCAGGAGCAGGCUGUGUACUGUUUUUCCUUGGAUUUGCUCGGUGUAAGUGUCUUCACAGUAAAUCACACAUGUUCUUUAGCUUAGAGUGAAUAGGUUUCUGUUUCUUGACACCAGAUAUGGCCUGAAUAAACUGAAUUUUGAAAGAAAAGCCUAAUAUUUUUACCAUAUAAUUGCAUAGUUUAAGUAAAAAUUACACAGUCUCUUAUUAAAGCAGUAAUGGUAAAACUAAUAUGCUCAUAUAUUUUCCAGUAAAGGCACUCUUUACAGAUGCCAGUUAGGAACUUUUAAAAGUCCAGAAGCCAUGUUAAAAACUGCUGAUAUCUGUGCUUUCUCUGUAUUUUUACAUAGCUCUUAAAGUACAAGUUACUUUCUGAAAAUUCAGGGAAAUUUGAGAUGCUUCUACAUUGCUUCUACACCAUCAUAAUAAAAUGGAUAAUUUCAAAACCA